CGGCAUUCGCACGUGGGCCUUCGUCGGUGUCGGUUGCGUUUCGCACGCGCUCACGAUCGCAAGAGACGAGCGCCGUUCACGAGCGCGUGGUGACUCCCGCUGGCCGAGUACGAGCCUCUUCUGACGUAAAAAAAGAAGGUGCCUGCGAGUAUUCGCGAGUAUCCCCCCCCCCCCUCGCCCCCUAAACGAGACCGAACAGUCUUUCCGGAAGUGCAUCGUGAUUUUAUGCCUCGUACAGAUCACGUGGAUUCUACACGGGCGGAAGAUCCCUCCUAACCUUGGUGUGUAAUUCUGUUUGUGUAUCGUCAUAUUGGGAUUAUCACGGCGGUGGCUGCAGUGCAACGGACGGGCCGUACACAGUGCGUGAAGAAAGAGAAACAGUAGGAAACGUUCCGUGUCUAAAUGCUGCACGGCUUGUGGCGUUAUUAACGUUGACCGAGGUACCAAAGAACGUGUCAAGAUUGAGCAAGUCGUUGUCCCGUCUGGCGGUGAUCUCGCCAAAAUUUGGAGGAUGCUGAUGCCGGGUGCCGCGGGUCUCGGUGUGGGCGCAGUCGGCGCCGUGGGUACUGUGAGUGCCCCGGCGCCCGACGAGUUGGUGCAAGGACUGGGGGCCCUCGCCGGUACUACGCCGCAGCAAAAGGACACGACAUGGACGAAGCUGUUCGUCGGUGGCCUGCCCUAUCAUACCACCGACAAGAGUCUCAGGGAACACUUUAACGUUUACGGAGACAUCGAGGAAGCGGUCGUCAUUACGGACAGACAAACUGGCAAAAGCAGGGGCUAUGGCUUCGUAAUUAUGGGAGAUAGACCUGCGGCGGAGAGGGCAUGCAAAGAUCCCAACCCUAUCAUCGACGGUCGCAAGGCAAACGUAAAUUUGGCCAUUCUCGGGGCUAAGCCCAGGGGUAACUUGCAAACGACAUUCCCGUUCGCUGCGGGCAUCCGGGCUGGUUACCCAGCAGUACUUCCCGGACAGUACGGGGUACCACCGGGCUACGUGUACCAGUCGCCCUACCUGGCGGCUGCGGCGCCAGGUGGUCUGGUACCGCUCCCGACGACGCAGUUGAGCCACGCGGCCGCCGUCGCCGCGGCAUCGCAGUUCUACGAGUACCAGAACGCGGCGGCAGCCGCCGCGACCUACCCGGGCACCUCGUACAACUUCGCCGAGGCGUACCCGUACACCACCGCGGCCGCGGCUGCGAACGCAGCCGCGGCGGGUUACGUGGCGCCGUACACGUAUGCGACUUUGCCAGGUGCUGCAGGACUGCCAGCGGCGGCGGCGGCGGCGGCGACGGCAGCUGGAGCAGCUUUCCCGGGCUUACCGUAUCAGACAACACCUCAGGAGGCCAGAUUGCAAUAAAGCUUUAACACUAGACCGUUACGAGAUAGUUACAGCCUUCAACGAGAAAUGGAAACGGGCGACAGAGCUGCGCGAAGCAUUCGAUUGUCGUCUUCGGGGGGGGGAGGGGGUCAGCUCAUCAUCUUCCUCGUUAUUAGUUAUUUUUCGAGAUUUCUAUAUGUUCCUGAUCACGUCUCGCGACAUCGUACCGGAAUACCGAAUCGCGAGAGCCGACGAAGAGGCGAAGAGGAUGAGCCUCGACGAGGCGACAGAGGGUAGUCGCUGGCGAUCCGCAACUUCUCGCUAAUCCGUACUCUUCCCUUUUCGCCUCCCCGAUCUUAAUCUUCCUCUCCCUUCUCCCUUACAGCCCGGAUACUGGCGCGCUCGAUCAACACAACUUUUAGAAAAGACGCAACGGUUCUUAGAGUUACGAAUGUAAUUAUUUAUAACGAGCUGGCGAUCGCUCGUACAGGGAAAGCGAUCCUCGUCGUGCGAACGACUCGAGGACUUGAGUGCCGAAAAAGAGGCUUGAGCGAAACGUAACUUUGGUCCAUAAUUAUGAAAGCUGUGUGCGUCAACGGCCUACUGGCUUUCGAACACAACGCAAUUUUGUAUCUCGAACACGACGCUAAUUUGAUUUCUAAAUAUUUCGUAUUCUAAAAUAUCACAACAGCGAUGCAUCGAAAUGUAACUGCACGCGAGGUUUCCGAACUUGACUUUCGAACUCGUGUUAUAAAAUUCUGUGCUUCUACAUUUUUGUCGGUGAUUCCUAAAUCGAACGCGUCGUUCGUGCAACGAACUCCUGUAAGGCUGGAUUCGCACCUAGGGGCAGAAAAGCAGAGGAGAAAUGCAGAAGCCAAUCAGAACUCGCGCUGAACAGCACAUUGCUGACAGAAAGUAGAAAUUUUCGACUAUCAGCGAGAGUCCUGAUUCGUUUUGAUUCAAUUUCCGCUUGUCUGCCAAGUGUAAAUCUAGGCCUAAGGCCUGACCUGCAACGAGUUGUUAGUCGUUAAAAGUCGGAACCAUACGUUGAUCCUCUUUCUUUCGUUGUAGACCGGGCCUGAGAAAUUUUGACGAUAUCGUUCGAGAAACUUGUUUUCAGAGCUCACUCCUAGCCACGACACGCGAUAUGUUUUCGACCAAGCUAAUUGAAUGCGCUAAAAAUACUGACGAAGAUUGAUGCGACAACUCCGUAACAGUUUUAGAAGCGGAGGUGUUGGAGAUGCGGGUUUUCGGAGAGGGAGGUGUUUUAAAUUUUAGUUAAAUUUUAAGUAGACCCUAAAAGCUUAAUGAUAAACGAAAAUUUCUAGUGCUGUAAGUUGUUAAGUUGUAUUUCCAUGGGGAAAAAGAUCGCGUUUGUCUGUAAUGUAUCAACUUUUUAGGAUAACGCUUAGGGAGACGAGAGACAGAAUUUAUAGCUCCUUGGUAGAUAAGAAUUUGUUAUUACUAUACAUAUACAUGUUGAAAUGUGCACUUAUACACGUAUAUAAUUAUAAUGGUAAUAUAUAAUU